AUGGACCUUGCUGAGAUACAGAGGGAUUGAGUUGUGCUGGUGGCUGUCUGUAGACUUAUAACAUGGAGUGCAAAUCCCUAAUCAGAGAAAGGGAGUGCAGAAGUAAGUUUGCUUCUGCACAGUUUACUGCAAUGUGCUGCUGUGUUCUUAUCAUUUUUCUUUUACCAGUGAGUGAAGCCUGGAAACAAAGUAAACCACGCCUGACAUUCUCAUAUCAAGAUUUGCUGAUGAACAGCAGUUGUAACCCAUUCCAAGGUUCAGCAGAGAGUUCCAGUUUCCAGUCAAUACUAGUAGACGAAGAAAGAGGAAAACUUUUUGUUGGAGCGAAAGAUCUGAUUUUUGUUUUAAAUCUGGAAAAUUUGAACAAGGAACCGAAAAAGAUUUAUUGGCCUGCAGCUAAUGAGAGAGUGGAUUGGUGCAAACAGACUGGGAAAAAAGCAACAGAAUGUGCAAAUUUCAUCCGUCUGCUUCACCAUUUCAAUAAGACACAUGUCUACACAUGUGGUACAGGAGCUUUCCACCCUGUAUGUGGAUAUAUUGACCUGGGACCCCCUACGGAGGACCUUUCAUUGAAGCUUGACCUUAGAAGUCUGGAGCCUGGAACACUGAAAUGUCCUUAUGACCCCAUUCAACCCUUUGCAUCAGCUCUCGUAGAUGAAUAUCUCUACGCUGGGACAUCUUCUGACUUUCUUGGAAGAGACACUGCUCUAUUUCGCUCCCCAAUCCAUCAUCGAGAAAAUCAAUAUAUCCGCACAGAACACAACAAUCCCCUUUGGCUAAGUGACCCCAAGUUUAUCGGAAUGUACCCCAUCUCUGACACCUCCAAUGAAGAUGAUGAUAAAAUAUAUAUAUUUUUAAGAGAAACGGCAUUGGAUACUACAAGCACUGAGAAGGCCAUUUACUCGAGAGUAGCAAGAGUUUGUAAGAAAGAUGUUGGAGGUCAGCGGAGUUUGAUCAACAAGUGGACCACAUUUCUGAAAGCUCGUCUGAUUUGCUCAGUCCCAGGGCCUGAAGGUUAUCAGACAUAUUUUGAUGAGCUGCAGGAUGUUUUUCUGUACAACUCAAAUGAUGACAAAUUUCCUGUGAUUUAUGGAGUCUUCACAUCCUCCAGUUCUGUUUUCAGUGGCUCAGCAGUUUGUGCAUACAGCAUGGCUGAAAUUCGUUCUGUAUUUAAUGGACCUUUCACACACAAAGAGAGCCCAGACCGCCACUGGGUAGAAUAUCAGGGGAAGAUUCCUUAUCCAAGACCUGGAACAUGUCCCAGUAAAGCAUUUGACUCCACAAUCCAGACAACCAAGGAUUUCUCAGAUGAUGUCGUCAGUUUCAUUAAGAAUCAUCCAAUGAUGUACAAGGCUGUGUAUCCAAUAAACAAGAGGCCUAUUUUCAUUCAAGUGAAUGUUGGUUACAGAAUUACACAGAUUGUUGUCGACCGUGUUACUGCCAAGGAUGGCCAAUAUGCAGUCCUGUUUUUGGGUACAAAUGUUGGAACAGUCAUAAAAGCAUUGAGUGUUACCAAGGAUAAUUUGAAUGCUGAAGAAGUUUUACUGGAGGAAUUGCAAGUAUUUGAGGCAUCAACUCCAGUAUUAACAAUGGAAAUAUCUUCAAAACAGAAACAGAUUUAUGUUGGAUCAAAGGAUAGCGUGGUGCAGCUUGCUCUGCAGAGGUGUGGGGCGUAUGGUACAGCUUGCUCAGAAUGCUGCCUUGCUAGAGAUCCCUACUGUGCAUGGGAUGGGAAUUCAUGUUGCAGAUACGUGCCAGCACCAAAAAGACAGAUCAGACGCCAAGAUGUAAAGUAUGGAGACCCGAUAAUUCAGUGUUGGGAUCAGGACGACUAUGCAAAGCAUGUGCUAACCGAAAAGAAGUUAAUUUUUGGAGUGCAAUACAAUUCAACAUUCCUGGAAUGCAGUCCAAGGUCACAGCAAACAUCAGUCAUUUGGUCUGUUCAGCGAUCACUCAAUGGCCAACAGGAGGAGAUAAAAUAUGGUUCCAGAAUAAUCAAAACAAGGCUUGGUCUACUGAUACGUCACUUGCAGGAAGAUGACGCUGGGAUUUAUUAUUGCAGAGCUGUGGAAAAUACAUUCACACAUAUCAUUACAAAAUUCCAUCUUAAAAUUAUACUGAGUGACUUCAAGGCAACACCAAUGAAAGCAGGGUACAACGAAGGAAAGAGUAGAGAUAGUCGGAACAGGACCAGACUCCGUUACAAGGAUUUUCUGCAGCUCCUGAACAAACCAGGCAUUACUGUGAAUGAGUACUGCCAGCAAAUCUGGCGUAAUGGAAAGAGAGGACAAAAUAGUAAAACUUCAGCAAAGUGGAAAAUUGCACCAGAGUUUAAACGGUAUUAGACUUUGGGCAGUGUACAAUACAUUGUGGUGCUCCUUUGAGGAAAUAUAGUUACAAAAUUUAUUCACUGGACUUUUGUGUCAGAGUAUUGGCUGAAUAAAUCUAACUCUCUGGUGUGAAGACUGUAUGGAUAAAAUGGAAUCUGGUCGUAAAAACUAAAAAAAUGUAAUGUGAAGAAUGAGUGUAUCUGGAUGUAUUCUAAUCAUUAGAAGUACGAAUUUCUUAAAGGCACAGUUUGCUUUAAAAGCAAAUAUUAUUAUAUAGGCAUUUUUUUCAUUAGUUUGGGACAAAAAUAUUAACGGGUUCUUAUAGCUUUCAAAAGCUCAGUAAAUUAAUCUUUUUGUGGCAGUGUGGAUUGAAUUUCUGCCCUAAACGCCCAAUCACAGAGUUAUCAACAAUUUGACAAGUUAACCAAGUGUGCUGAUUCACAUUUCCUCAUUAUGAUUUGCAUCAAAAGGAUUGUGAAGGAACAUCCUCUGCAGUUUACGUCAUGAGCAGUUGUCCAAAAACUACUUGCAGCCUUUAGAGGGGAUCUGGUUCUAUAGGGUCUGUUUCUAUACUGUAUGAUUCUAUGAUAAGUUGUCAAUUACCUGUCAAGCACUCAAGACACUCUUUGCGAAGGAGUACUGUGAGCAAUAGCCUCUCACCUGGCCGUCUCAAUAGCUCCUCAUUUCAGUGAUCAAUGGCUUCUCAGUCCCCUGUAAUUUUCACCAAAGUGGCACUCCCUGCUGUGCAUUUGGUUUGGUGACUCUGAUGAGUUGUUAACUGCUCAGGAAAUAGGUCAAUUUGAUUUUAAAGCAGAAUCCUUGGUUAAAACACAAAUUACUGAGGUAUUUGAAUAUUUAAGUGAGUUACCCAACCAUUGUGCAUGGAAAUUCUCUGCCAUUUGCAGCCCAGUCCAGGUGAAGCCUAGAAUUGGGAGGGGAACCUGGCCCAAUGUCACUUUCAGAAGUCACAUCCCGACCACCUCGCCUUGUCUAGAAAAGUUCAAUUAUAAAAAUUAGAUAGAAAUCACACAUAGAAAGCAAAAGCAAAUAUUUGCAUAGGUGACAAGAAAGAGAUAAAAGAAGCACGAGAAGUACAUCAUCAACACUAAUUACUAUCUGCAGAAAUGAGAUUCCAAGUUAUUAAAAUCAAGCUUUUAGAGUCAGCAAGGCUGUUCGGCAGAAAUUAUCACUUAUUAAACCAUUAAAAAUAUACAUACACCUGAAAGCAUCAUCCUUAUAUGGUUUUCAACAUCUUUUGUGGUGAAUCAGUGGACAUAUGAAUCAAUUUUAAACUGUUGCAUUGAUUUCAAUGCCAAGUCUAUUAGCAAGUUGCUUUAGCACUUCUGUAGACCAUAAGGCUAUUUCUGAUAGUGACUUCUGUAUUCUUCAUUUAAAUAUUUUUAAAUAGCCUUUCACAGCAGGCUUUGAAAGUUGCUGUCAGGUUUACUUUAUCACAAUGGUCAGCGCAAGUAGCCUCGUUGUUGUUAUCUGUACAAAAUUCUAGUCAAUAUACACAUGGUCUUGCUGAUCAGGAGGAAGGAUGGUGUAACUGGUUUAAAAAUUGUAAAUGUAUCCUUUCAUGUGUAUUAUUAAAUUAUACCCUGUAAGGGAUUAACACGUGUUGUAUUACAUUUUUAAAAUCAUAAAUUAUGCACACCUAAUAUUUAGAUUAUAAAAUAUAC